AUGACUCUAACAACAGCCCUUAAUGGAGACCAUCCUCGUAUUUCCGAUAGCGAUAGCGAUCGAUACCGGCCUGACGAUUUCGACAAUGAUCCCAAUGCAAUUGUCACUAAUGCCCCUGAAGAGCCCUUCCGAUUGGGCCGCUUCGACGUUGGCUGUCUCGUCGUCAAUAGGAUGAUAGGUACGGGGAUCUUUUCGUCUGUUGGUUUAGUUGUCAAAGGGACCCAGAGCGUUGGGGUUUCACUGAUAUUCUGGUUCUUUGGCGUUAUAUACUGCCUUGCUGGAGUACAUCUCUACAUUGAAUACGGCCUCAGUGUCCCCAGACGCCAAUUUGAAGGCGUCAAACAGGGUAUCCCCAGAAGUGGAGGCGACCUGAACUAUCUUCAAUAUGUCUACCGAAAACCGAGAUAUCGCAAGGAUACAGUGCUGCUUUCCGUCACCACCUUCGGGACCGUGUUCAUCUUGUUUGGCAACGUUGCUGGAAACUGCAUUUACUUUGCAGUCAAGGCGUUGCAGGCUUCAAACGCAGAGGUGACCAACAGUGCUGUUCGAGGAAUCUCCGCCGCUGUAGCUCUUUUUACCUGCUUCAUUCACACAUUUUCCCGUCGGGGAGGCAUUCUUUUGAGCAAUUUAUUUGCCAUAGUAAAGCUGGCAAUGCUAUUCCUGAUAAUUAUUACUGCCAUUGUUGCUGCCACUGGUGCUUUUCCUGAAACCAAGUCUUACGCUCGCGAGAACUUCUACAUAAAGCAUUCCUUUCACAACGCCUCGAAUCAGGCCAAUGACUAUGCCAAUGCUUUCUUAUUAAUCAUUUUUACCUUCAGCGGCUUCGAACAACCCAAUUAUGUCCUGGGUGAGAUUUCAAAGCCGCGACGGAAUUUCCCCGUGUCUAUGAUUACUUCUGUCUCUGUAGUCGGCUUACUUUACAUGGGUGUCAACAUUGCAUACAUGGCUAUCGUGCCCGGAAAUGAGCAAAUCGAUAUACACAUGAACCUAGCAGAAAGGUUUUUCGAGAUCACUUUUGGAAGAUUGAGUAGUGGCGACAACACAGGCCAGCGGAUUUUCAACGCUUUCCUCGCUAUUUCUAGCUUUGGGAAUAUAGUUGUGAUGACUUACACGGCGGCUCGAGUGAAGCAGGAAGUGGCAAAGGAAGGAAUUUUACCAUUUCCCCAGUUCUUUGCCAAAAACCGUGAUUUUUCUUUUGGACGGCUUCUUCGAUGGGCUCAUCGCCGUCCUGCUAUUGCUCUGUUGUUAAGCGGAAUAUUAAAAUCAUCCUGGUUCGCUCCCGAACACCACACGGAAAAAACACCUGUGGGCGCGCUGGUGCUUCAUUUCGCAUCCUGCCUUAUUAUGAUUCUCGCUACCUAUUCCGUGGAGCCGAGCAAUGCAUAUAAAUUACUCUCGUCAGUGUAUACCUAUGCAGUACAUGCGUUUUUUGGAAACUUCCUCGCAGCUGGAAUUUUGUACCUCCGGUUUAGCAGCAAGCAGCAAUGGCAAAAAAAGGCUGGAGGCAUAAACCCAUUCCUCAGUGUUACGGCGGCCUUUAUUUAUCUGGUUGGAAGUUUAUUUCCCGUCAUCGUCGCCUGGGUGGAGCCUAGUAGGGUAUUCAAGCCGGCUAGCGAUACGGGAGUAAAAUGGUAUCUGGUACCACUUCUUAGCUGGUGCGCAAUAGCAUUCGGGGCAUUAUGGUGGCUUGGGUUCAUGACUGUUGCCAAACGAAUAGAGAAGAGAAACGGCACUGUAUUUACGAUUCAAAGAGAGCCUGCCUUCCAACGUGAUCCUCCCAUUGACGGACCGCCAAUCCAAGUCAACGAGACUGUCUAUCUUUCCUGGGUCGCGAAGGAGAACCUUUCAGAUUUCCAGGACUCAGAUGGACGGGGUGAUUUCGGUAGUGAUUUUGCUCAUGGGAAUGGCAUGGCGGAUUUCGAUUAUCGCUUGCCACGGUAA